AUGAUAUUUUUAAGAUGUAGCACUAGUUUAUUUUCUUUCAGAAAAUCAAUUCAAUAUUCAACACUUAAUAAUUGUUGUUGGAAACAUAUCCAAUUAUCUCUUGAUUUACCAUUUGAUAAACCUUACAAAUUUACUCGUAAACGGAGUCAACUUAAACAUUUCGAAUUCAUUGAUAAAACACAAUUUUUGAUUAGAAAACCUCAAAGGCUUCCUUUGAUUUUUAUUAGAAAUCAAUUUACUUUAUCUCUUAUGUUAAAAGCGGAAAAUGUAUCGGAUGAAAUUGAAAUAAUUGAUAAAAUAUCAAAAGAAGAAUUGGCAAAUUAUUUAGAAGGAAAAAUUUUAACUUCCAAGAAAUAUAAAUUAUUAUUUGAUCCUGUGAACUUGGAAAAUUUAGACGAUGCUUGGAAAUAUUAUCAACAACAUGAAAAAAAUGAAAUUUUAAUUGCAAUCUCUUUAAAAUUUCAAAUUCAAUUAUUAUAUUAUUCUAUCAAAUUAUCAAAAUUCGAAGCUGCUAGAAUAAUAAUUUCACAAUUACAUAAAAGAAGAAAUGAAAUGUGGUUAAAAAAUUAUUUACAUGUUAUGGAAUGUCUUUCCACACUUAAUUUAAAUGAGGCAAUUAGAAGAUUCAAAAUUCAUUUAAUAAAAAAAGAUGAUUUUCCUAGAUUUAAAGUUUUAUCUAGUUUAAUGUUAGCACUUUUGAAAAAUGAGGAUAUUUUAGGAAUGGAAGAAUUAAUGUUUUCUGCAGAACAAUAUUUUGAAAAUUCUUUACCUCCCGAAAUAUAUAAUACUAUGAUGGCCGGAUAUGUAAAGAAUAAAGGUUAUAGAAGAGCUUGUACAUUAUUAGAAAAGAUGGAACAAAAAAACAUAUCUCCUACUCGAGUUACUUAUAAUAUAUUAUUAAAUCUUUGUGCCAAAAUUGGUAAAAAAGUCGAAGCGUUAGAAUUAUUUGAUGAUAUGAUAAAAUCAAAUAUUGAACCAGAUGCAAGAACUUAUUCUGCUAUCUUUGAAGCAUUUGGAAGAGUAAAAAAUGUGAGUCAAUGCAAAUAUUAUUUUGCUCAAAUGAUUUCCAAAGGAAUAAAACCUAAUGCUUAUACUUAUGGAAUCUUAAUAGCUGCAUGUGCACGAUCUGGUAAAUAUGCAGAAGCAAGUAAAUGGUUUCAUCAUAUGGUAAAUAUAUCAAAUAUACAACCAACAUUGAUAACAUAUACUAGUUUAUUGGUCGCUUGGACAAUCCAAGCGUGUUAUGAUAAACGUAUUGUGGAUAGAAUUCUUGAAGAUAUCAAAAAAUCCGGAAUAAAAUUAGAUGUUAUAGCGUAUACUGCUUUAAUGCAUGCCAAAGCUAAAACUUAUAAUUUUGCCGAGACAAUUCGUGUUUAUCAAGAAAUGUUGAAAAGUGGUAUAAAACCAAAUGUAUAUACUUAUACAGUUCUUAUUACUGCAUCAGCGAAAUUGGGUGAUUUAAAAACUUCUUUACGUCUAUUUGAAGACAUGAAAAAAGCGGAUAUCCAACCAAAUGAAUAUACAUAUUGUUCUAUAAUGGAUGCUUAUGCCAAAAAUAGAAUGUUAUCAAAAGCUUUCGAAUUUCAUAAUGAAAUGAUAUCAAAAGGAAUUAAACCUGAUACCACUUGCAUUAAUUGUUUAAUGGAUGCUUGUAAUAGGGAACGACAAGUUGAUCGAGUAUUUGAAUUAUAUAAUAAAUUGGUUACAGAUCCCAAUCUUGAGCCAGAUGAAUGUAGUAUAACGAUUUUUAUCGAUUCAUGUUCAUUUAAUAAUCGCCCAAAUGAUGGCAAGAUUUUUUUCGAAAAUUUGGUGAUUAAUCAUAAAGAAAUCUCUGAACGUAAUUUUUAUGCUUAUAUUAAUUUAUUAGAACAAUCAAGAAAUUGUUUACACAAUUAUGAAAAUGUUAGUUGA